AUGGAUAAGGAUGGCUUUGAAGCCAAUGAUAUAUCAAUGGGCCGCCUUCCUCAAAAUCUCAAAGAAAGAUUUCAACUAGUGGAAGUGGAUGAUCCACGGGUAGCAAUAGCUCUUUUUCAUAUUGACACAGAUGGUUUUGGCCCAGGAAUGAAGCCCCUAACCUAUAACGAAGUAAGAAUUCCUUGUCUAAAAAAGGAGGGGGAGAAGACAAACAAGAUUGUCAAGGAGCAUAAGGUGCAAUGGCAAACUUAUGGAUGUUCCAUUAUGAUGGAUAAGUGGACAGCAAAAAAUGAGAAAGUGAUCAUUAAUGUUUUGGUGAAUUCUCCAAGAGGUAGUGUGUUUCUUGAAUCUUAUGAUGCUAGUGACUCUUCCACCAAUUCCAAUAAAAUGUUCAACUUGUUUGAGAAGACUCUAUUGAAAAUUGGGAAGGAAAAUGUUGUGCAAAUUGUUAUUGAUAACGCAAGUGAGAAUAAAAAAGCGGGUGACAUAUUGAAGGGAGUGUUCCUGAAACAUUUUUGGACUCCUUGUGUUGCCCAUUGUAUCAACUUUGAUGUUUGGUCACAUUUUCAAGCGAUUAAGAUACAUUCUUACUUUAGUCAGAGGCCAUUGUUGUUGAACAUAACGAGGAGAUACACAAACCAAAGAAAUUUGGGGAAAUCGGUUAAGACAAGAUUCACAACAGCUAUCAUGACUUUGCAUAGUUUUUACUUGCAAAAGAAAAACUUGAGAACCUUGUUCAUGUCAACUGGAUGGAGUAAGAUUAUCUAUGCAAAGGAAGCUCUUGGGGAAGAAGUUGCGAGCUAUAUUGUUGGUCCAUAUUUUUUGAAUGACACUGUUCAAGCACUUAAAGUUUGUAAUCCUUUGCUUACUGUACUUCGUUUGGUGGAUGGGGAGAGAAAAUCACCAAUGGGAUACAUUUAUGAAGCCAUGGAUAGGGCCAAAGAAGCUAUCAAAAAGGCAUUUGAUAAAGAUAAGAGGAAAUAUGAGAGUUUUUGA